UAACAGCUCAUACUAUUUGUGAGCCUGCUUCCACGUGUCCAAGAUUUUUGAUUGGUGGGAUGCGCAUAUACUACGUAUGUCGCAGUGAAAUAAAAAAAAGCAGGCCAAGCACGUCGGCCGAGCCAAGCAUUUCUUUCUUCUUUCCCUUUCCAACUUACCCGCACACUUGGUUGAAAGAAAAAUGACCAUUUACUAUACGCUCACUUUUGGAAUCUUGGUCACUGAGAUGAUCAUUUUCUGUAUUCUGGUGCUUCCACUCCCCUCACAUUGGCGUCGAGCCAUGCUCAAGUUUGCCUCGACUUCUCCUGCUGUCGGCAAAGCUCUCCACGUUCUCAAAAUUAUCUUUGCAUUCAUUUUUGUUUUGUUCAUUGGUAUGGGAAAAAAAAGAGAUACCAUCAACCGACUGCAGCGCAUUGAUUCUUCGGAAGGUGAAGGAGGAGAACAACGCCAGCACUACGACUACAGCUACGAAGCAAACAACAAGGCCAAAAAGUUUUACGCUCAACGCAACUUGUAUCUCACUGGUUUCACGCUCUUCCUGUCAUUAAUCCUUGAACGCACCAGUACUUUGGUAUUCCAAGUCCUGAAGCGUGAGGAAGAACUCGAGAAUUUGAAGAAGGAGACCCAAUCGACCACGCAGGGUCACCAAGAAUUCAUUGACAAGGAAGACAUGUACAAGAAGGAGAUUACUUCGCUCAACACUGACUUAAAACAACUCAAGCAGCAGGAACGUGACUUUGAGACGCUCAAGAAGCAGGUGGCACAGCAAGCCGUCGAAUACAAUCGGUUGGCUGAUGAACGCAAUGCAUUGGAGCGUGCUGCGACUGGCGAGAAGAAUGAAGUCAAGAAGGAUAUCUAAAGGAGUGUCAUCAAUCAACCACCACCACCACCACAUCAUUUAUUGCAAACCACAAGAUAAAAUAUAUCCCCCAAAAACACACACUUAUCUGCUUAUUUACCUGUCAAACAAUCAGCAAAGAGUAUUAAAAAAACAAAUUGUUCUUUUCUUUAUACAUAAGAAAAUUCAAAAAAGAAGAAAAGCAAGUGUACACAUGAAAGGGUUGGAGAAUGCAAGUUCGAUAAUAAAAGAUGAUGAAAUGGUGGGAAUAUU